AUGACUAACAAAGGACUUUUACACAUGACUAACAAAGGACUUUUACACAUGACUAACAAAGGACUUUUACACGUGACUAACAAAGGACUUUUACACGUGACUAACAAAGGACUUUUACACGUGACUAACAAAGGACUUUUACACAUGACUAACAAAGGACUUUUACACAUGACUAACAAAGGACUUUUACACAUGACUAACAAAGGACUUUUACACGUGACUAACAAAGAACUUUUACACGUGACUAACAAAGGACUUUUACACAUGACUAACAAAGGACUUUUACACGUGACUAACAAAGGACUUUUACACGUGACUAACAAAGGACUUUUACACGUGACUAACAAAGGACUUUUACACAUGACUAACAAAGGACUUUUACACGUGACUAACAAAGGACUUUUACACGUGACUAACAAAGGACUUUUACACGUGACUAACAAAGGACUUUUACACGUGACUAACAAAGGACUUUUACACGUGACUAACAAAGGACUUUUACACGUGACUAACAAAGGACUUUUACACGUGACUAACAAAGGACUUUUACACAUGACUAACAAAGGACUUUUACACGUGACUAACAAAGGACUUUUACACAUGACUAACAAAGGACUUUUACACAUGACUAACAAAGGACUUUUACACAUGACUAACAAAGGACUUUUACACGUGACUAACAAAGGACUUUUACACGUGACUAACAAAGGACUUUUACACAUGACUAACAAAGGACUUUUACACAUGACUAACAAAGGACUUUUACACGUGACUAACAAAGGACUUUUACACGUGACUAACAAAGGACUUUUACACGUGACUAACAAAGGACUUUUACACGUGACUAACAAAGGACUUUUACACGUGACUAACAAAGGACUUUUACACGUGACUAACAAAGGACUUUUACACGUGACUAACAAACAACAAAGACAACGUAGCUACCUACUUGCAUCGCCAGCCUAA